CUAGACUGUCUUUUUCAUUUACACAAUUCAACACAAGACAUUGGUGUGUAGCUGCGUUCUCGGAUGACUUGCGAAUGUGUGGUGUGUGUUUCUAUCACUUUAUUUCAUCUGGAAAUAUUUUCAGAUCCAGGUAAAUUACGAUAAUUAUACGAGUUCUUGCAUCAGGACUUCACCGCUUGUCAUUCUUCCAAACAACGCGAUAUAAGUUCUGUCAAAGUACUAACAAAGUUUUAUAAAAUUAUAGGUGUUGUCAGUCUUGUAACAUAAAACUUUAUCCGUCCGAUGCAGAGUAUAAAAUCAAUACCUGUCGGCUGCAGCGUUAUUAUAUUAAAAAACAACUAGUUAGAAAGAAUUUAAUUUCCAAUUACCAGAAAAAUUCGGGAAAUGGCGAGUUUCGCUGAAACAUUUAUUACCCGGAGUGAGUCAAGUUUUUGCAGCUGUUGGAAACCGGAAGAGUUAAUUAGAGAAAUGAUUUACAAUUAUUUGAGAACGAUAAACUAGAAUUCUGGGUUUGAGGUGAUAACGUAUCUAAAACAAUCAAAAGGGUGUUGCAUGAGCAAAUACCGAAUUUCGAAAUUUUGCUCUCAGUUCUGUGUGCACUUUAUUUUAUUGAUGUAAUGAUGUAAUUGCGUUUUUUAAUAAAUGAUUUAAUAAUAAUCACAGUACAGGCAAGUGCUGUUUUUUCUUCCACCCACUAUUUUCCCCUUUUUCAUUUUUACUAACAAUUCGCACGGUUAGUGACUGGGAAAGGUAUAGCCACCUCAUUUUUAUUUAAUCCUCGUUAUCGCCACAUUUAGUAGCGUCACAAACAUCAGAAACGUAUUUAUUUCUCUGCUCGCACAUCACCUCUGGAAGGGAAUAAUGAACUAAGUGCAACUGUUUCUAAUCUAGCACGCCGUUGGUGGCGAAGUAAAAAACAUUCUAAAGGCUCUAGUAAAGAAACCAAUUCACUAAUGGCUGUAGAUACGAUGAAACAACAGUUAACUAAAGUGUUGUCUGAUGACGAAGCCCUCAUUAACAAGAAAUUGCCAAAGGAGCUCCUGCUUCGGAUUUUCUCCUACAUAGACGUAGUGUCGUUGUGUCGGUGUGCCCAAGUGUCUAAAGCAUGGAAUGUCCUGGCUUUAGACGGCUCAAACUGGCAAAGAAUCGACUUGUUUGACUUUCAGAAAGACGUAGAGGGCCCUAUUAUCGAAAAUAUAUCUCGAAGAUGUGGCGGGUUUCUGCGCCAAUUGUCACUGCGUGGCUGCCAGUCUAUCGCAGACGGCUCCAUGAAAACCCUAGCUCAACUGUGCCCAAACGUGGAAGAUUUAAAUCUCAACGGUUGUAAAAAACUGACUGAUGCCUCCUGCACGGCUUUUUCUAAACACUGUUCUAAACUUCAGAAACUUAACUUAGACGGUUGUUCGGCAAUCACCGACAAUUCCCUGAAAGCGUUGAGUGACGGUUGUCCGAAUUUGACUCACAUCAACAUUAGCUGGUCGAACAACGUUACAGAAAACGGCGUGGAGGCGCUAGCGCGAGGGUGCCGAAAACUCAAAAGCUUUAUCAGUAAAGGGUGUAAACAGAUUACUUCUCGAGCUGUUAUUUGUCUAGCUAGGUUCUGCGAUCAAUUAGAAGUUGUUAAUUUGCUUGGUUGUUGUCACAUAACCGACGAGGCUGUGCAGGCUUUGGCUGAAAAGUGUCCAAAGUUGCACUAUCUGUGUCUUUCAGGAUGUUCGGCAUUGACGGACGCUUCGCUCAUAGCGUUGGCUCAAAAAUGUACGCUUUUGUCAACGCUUGAAGUCGCUGGAUGCUCGCAGUUCACUGAUGCCGGUUUUCAAGCACUUGCCAGAAGCUGCCGUUACCUCGAGAAAAUGGACUUGGACGAAUGUGUUUUGAUAACGGAUAAUACCCUGAUACACUUAGCCAUGGGUUGCCCACGGAUUGAAUAUUUGACUCUCUCUCACUGCGAGCUGAUCACGGACGAGGGCAUAAGACACUUGUCGAUGUCCCCGUGCGCCGCAGAAAACCUCACCGUUUUAGAAUUAGACAAUUGCCCACUGGUUACCGACGCUUCCCUCGAACACUUAAUAUCAUGCCAUAAUUUACAACGAGUCGAACUUUAUGAUUGUCAGCUCAUCACACGGGUUGGAAUUAGACGAUUAAGAAACCAUUUACCCAAUAUUAAAGUCCACGCUUACUUUGCACCAGUUACGCCCCCACCUUCGGCCGGAGGAUCCCGUCAAAGGUAUUGUAGGUGCUGUGUAAUUCUAUGAGAAAAUGAUCCCCUUGGCUCCAAUGAUAUGCCACCGUCAUAAUGCUAUGUGUUCAGCACGCUUCACGUGACACUACAAUAAUACGUAUUACGCUACUAGGGAUCUUACAAAACGAUUGCGCUUUUUCAACACACUUUCAGCAUUCGUUUCUUAAUAUCGAAUCGUUAACGUGAAAUUCGUGACAAUCGAGCUUUAAAAUGUGAUUCGAGUUCCAAAACAAGCGACUGAUUUGAUAUUUGGAAACUGACUUAGCUAGUUCUGUUUGCAAAAUUCACUCAUGCAAAUUAAUCGUUUCUGUUUUUGCGCAGUUGUUGAGUGAGACUUCAGCCAUCGCGUUAAAAAUGUUCAAAAACUUUGUUAAGUAGUGAUUUUGUAUGAAAAGUACUUACUUGUUGGAAAUUGUGUAAAUGUGCUCAAAUAAGUUUUUGUGACAUUUUUCAACCUAGUUAUUGGAUAGUGCAUUUGAUAUGUAUUGGGGCCAUAAGGGGAAAUUCGAUUCAAAAUGUAAUCUCUCAAUAUCUCACGGUUACUCUUAUUUGAAAGUUAAGUUAUUGUUAGACUUAUUUUAAUUUUAUUUAUGCAUAAUGUUGGGUGCUAUUAGUGUAAACUUUUGUUACGUGUUGUUACUGCGGGGUUGUGCUGCUUCCAGAUUAUCUAUGCAAUUUCAAACGUUGAACAGUCUUUAACUAGAGCAUGACAGCGCAUCUCAGCACCGAGAUUACUACACUAGCCAUUGUUUGUUACUGUUAUCAGAAAGUUGCGUGAUAUUUAUUUAAUAUCGAUUUUAGUGAUAAUUCUUUUACUUCGUUGAUUGGAUAUUAUAGACGAAAUAUUUACAAAAUGUAUAGUCAACAGCAUUUCUAAAUGAAAGUAUAACAUGUAGACUUUUAGUGAUUUUAAUGUUUGAACAAUAUCCAAACUUAACAAGUAUAUUAACCCUAUAACUGAUGGAUUUUGGGCAGUAAUAUUUCGGUACGAAAACAUUUGUACCCAAGUAUUACGUUUUCUUCUUAUAUCAAUAUCAGACCAACGAUUCUGUAAUUAUCUACGUCUUACACCCGUUAUUACUUUGCAGUCUUUAUUGGUCGCCUCAAAUUGCCUGUGAUAAAGAAAUUAAAUCCCGAUUGUUAUUUUUAUUUAUUGGAAAGUUACUUAUGAUUUAACAAAUUCUUUCGGACCGUUGAUUUUAUUUUUGCGUAUUGUCACCAUCAGUUACGAAAUAUGUUUGAGUUGAGAGAAUAUUUCAAUGAUUUUGUUUGGGACAAUUGAUAGAGAAUGUUUACCACCAUAUUUUUGUAUUUAACUAUUUAUAGGUGUUAUAUGUUGUGUUAUACACAAAAUAUAGUAUGUAUAUUAUGUCACUUACCUAUGAUAUAACUUAGUUUUAAGAAAAAAAGUAAUAUGUAGGUUUUUAUUAGCCCUGGCGGCAUUUAAGUAUAGGAAUAUUUAUUUUACAAAAGACUGAGCACGAGCUAUUAGAAAUUUUUAUUAAUUGUACUGUAUGUGCAUUUUUAAUAAACACUUAUGUAUUA